UCCUGCGGUCCACCUGAUGACCGGAUCAUCUCCACCUGCCGGCCUCCGCCUCGGCUCACACUCAGACGGGAGUCGGACCCGCGCGCUCGUGCUGUCCAGCCGCGUCGGCGCAGAGCAGCGGCAUGGCGGGCCUGACCUCCAGCUGGGCUUUCUGUCUGGGCUUUGUUUGCGGCCUCUGCUGCCUCCGCAUCCUGCUGAACCAGCUGUGGUUCGAGAGGAGCUACUCUCUUCCGACCGAGGCGCAGGGGAGGGUCGCCGGGGCAACGGCUUCACCGGCCGCCUGGAGGCGCCACGGAGCCGCGCUCCUCAACACGCGGCGUCCUCACCGUGCAGGCGAGGACAGUCGGCUCGCGGACGCCCUGUACCAGAAGGUCCGCGUCCUGUGCUGGGUGAUGACCGGGCCCUAUAACCUCAACACCAAAGCCCGGCACGUCAGGGCCACCUGGACCCGACAUUGCAACCUGGUGGUUUUCAUGAGCUCGGUGGAGGACCCAGACUUCCCCGCGGUGGGUCUGGGCACGAAGGAGGGCCGUGACCAACUCUACUGGAAGACCAUCCGGGCCUUCCACUACGUCCACCAGCACCACCUCAACCAAGCCGACUGGUUCCUGAAGGCGGACGAUGACACUUUUGUGGUGGUGGACAACCUGCGCUGGCUGCUGUCCAACCACACGCCGGAGGAAGCGCUUUACUUUGGCAAGCGCUUCAGGCCGUACACCAAGCAGGGCUUCAUGAGCGGAGGGGCCGGCUACGUGCUCAGCAAGGAAGCCCUGCGGAGGUUCGUGGAAGGUUUCCGGACCCAAGUCUGCACUCACACCAGCCCCGUGGAGGACCUGGCCCUCGGCCAGUGUCUGGAGAAGAUGGGCGUUCUGGCUGGAGACUCCAGAGACACGCUGCAGAGAGAGACCUUCCACCCGUUUGUUCCAGAGCACCAUCUGACGGGGAGGUUCCUCAAGAGCUUCUGGUACUGGAGCUACUGCUACUACCCCAUCGUGGAGGGUCCGCAGUGCUGCUCCGACCUGGCUGUGUCCUUCCACUACGUGGAGCCAGAACUCAUGUACACGCUCCAGUACCUCACCUACCACCUGAGGGCGUAUGGGUAUCGGCCUCGGUACCGCCCGCCUCUGCGCCGUGACCUCGACCCUCAACCCACUGCGCGGCGUCCAAACCUAGCUGGGACGGUCUCCGACCUGACAGAAAGGCAGAACCCUGUCGAGAACACAACCAGAGGAGCUGCAGUUCAGAUCAGGUCCGGCCGGGAUUAAACCUUUAAUCCCCAGCUGGAUUUAGCUGCAGAUUUCUCCGGAUCAGCCCUGCGCCAGGAGGCCGGGACCCCAUGACAGAAGGUUGGACCGAUGAAGUCCCUUUGUGAACCUUAUU